GAGGUAAGAAGAAAACGAAUGGACAGGAAUAUGUAUGAAUAUAAACCCAUUCCAGUCCUUUUCAGUUUUCACCCAUGAAUUUCUCUGGAGAGAGAAACCCAACACCUACAAAUUCAACAGUCUUUUCGGGAGAACGCGGAUUCGGCUCAACAAAAUUAAUUAAAUAUCCAUUCAAUUAAAUUAAUUUAAAAAUAUUAGGUUGUGAAUUCAUUCGUUUGUCUAUAUUUCUUUCUCUCUUGCUUUUGAGGAUUCAAACUUCGGCCAGAGCUUACCAAUAAUAACGACGAAGUAGAAGAAAAGGAGGAGUAAGACUGCAUAAAAGUCUUCGGUUUUGGGUGUUUUGAGUUUCUCUUUUCUCUGUUCCCCUUUUGGUAUUUGAGUUUCUCUUUCUCUUCAAUUUGUUCUUUGUCUAUCAAUAUCUGUCUGGAAAGAGAAAUUUGAGUAACUGGGUUGUUUAUGAAUUGUAUUUGUUGUUCUGGGUAGGGGAUUUUUUUAUAGUAAAUUUAUUAUUGUUUAGGAUGGCUUCGGCGGCGAUAUUCUCGUCGUUAAGGAGGCGAAGAUCGCCUUCUUUAGAGGCAUUUUUGGCUCCGGUUGACCUUACAGAUGUCGCUCUCGUACAAACCCUUGCUUCCCUGACAGCCGAGAUCGUUUCAUCAUUUUCCGACAUGCGUUUCUACUUUCAGAGGAAGAAUUCUCGCUCCCUCGUCCGAAAAAUGGAAGUUUUUCUGGUAUUAUUGGAGUACAUGAGAGAUUCGGGUUUGAGUCUCUCAUGGACGACGGAGCUUUGUUUAAAGGAGCUUUAUUUGCUUCUGUAUCGCUCCAAAAUACUUCUUGACUAUUGUUCUCAAUCCAGUAAGUUGUGGCUUUUGCUUCAAAACCAUUCGAUUUCGGGUCAUUUCCAUGAUUUGAACCAAGAGAUUUCGACCCUUUUAGAUGUUUUUCCCAUGGAAGAUGUUGAACUCGGGGACGAUGUUAGGGAGCAAGUUGAACUCUUGCGGAGGCAGUCCAGAAGUGCUAAACUGUUUAUUGAUAAGGACGAUGAAGCUCUCAGGAUUCGCUUCUUUAGAUUUCUUGAUCAGUUUGAGAAUAGUCAAAUUCCUGAUCCGGAUGAAUUGCGUUCCUUUCUUGUGGUGAGAUUACGGAUUCAAGACCCAAAGAGUUGUAGAAAUGAGAUUGAGUUUUUGGAAGAGCAGAUUGUGAAUCACGAGGGAGAUAAUGAACCUACAGUUGGGGUUCUUAAUGGUUUUGUGGCGCUUACAAGGUAUUCCAGGUUUUUGUUAUUUGGAUUCGAGGAGGACGAAGUAGAGUUGGGAAGAGGGACUCUGAAGAAGCUGAGAAAAGGGAUUCUUUCACAGGAAAUUGCAGACACUUUUAUAACAAUCCCGAAGGACUUUUGCUGCCCAAUUUCAUUGGAUUUGAUGCGAGACCCUGUGAUAAUCUCAACAGGACAGACUUAUGACCGAAGAUCCAUAUCCAGGUGGGUGGAAGAGGGUCACUGUACAUGCCCAAAGACGGGCCAAAUGCUUAUUAAAACCUGUAUCUUUCCCAAUCGCGCACUGAGAAAUUUGAUUAUGCAGUGGUGCACUGCCCAUGGAAUCCCUUAUGACCCACCAGAGUGCACUGAAAGCUUUGUGGUGGCUUCCCCAACUAAGGCUGCUCUUGAAGCUAACAGAGCAACAGCAGCUCUUCUUAUUCAGCAGCUCGCAAAUGGAUCACAAGUUGCAAAGACUGUUGCUGCUCGCGAGAUUCGUUUAUUAGCUAAAACAGGAAGGGAAAACCGUGCUUUCAUUGCGGAAGCUGGUGCAAUUCCACAUCUUCGAACAAUUCUUUUGUCUGUUAACCCUGUUGCCCAGGAGAAUUCUGUCACUGCAAUGCUUAACCUGUCUAUAUAUGACAAGAACAAAAGCCGAAUUAUGGAUGAAGAAGGGUGUUUAGAAUCAAUUGUUGAAGUUCUCAGGUUUGGGCAAACAACAGAGGCCAGGGAAAAUGCUGCUGCAACUUUGUUUAGCCUUUCAGCAGUCCAUGAUUACAAGAAAAGAAUAGCAUACGUGGAAGGGGCAAUAGAAGCCUUGGCUGGGUUGCUUAGAGAGGGUACUCCAAGAGGAAAGAAGGAUGCUGUAACAGCAUUAUUUAAUCUUUCAACGCACAUUGAUAACUGUGCGAGAAUGAUAGAGGCGAGGGCUGUGACAGCUCUAGUAAAUGCAUUGAGAAAUGAAGGAGUUGCUGAGGAAGCAGCAGGUGCCUUGGCCUUGAUUGUUAGGCAGGCAAGUGGGGCCGAAGCAGUGGGGAAUGAGGAAAUGGCCGUGGCUGGCUUGAUCAGUAUGAUGCGUUAUGGAACAGCAAAGGGUAAAGAGAAUGCAGUUGCAGCAUUGCUUGAGUUAUGCAGGAGUGGUGGGGCUACCACAAAAGAAAAGGUGGUUAAGGCGCCAUCAUUGGCGGGUUUGCUCCAAAAUUUGUUGUUUACCGGUACGAAGCGAGCAAGAAGAAAGGCAGCUUCUCUUGCCAGAGAGUUCCAGAGAUGCGAGAAUACAGUCAUGCAUUAUGGUGGCCUCGCCGUGGGAUAUGCCUUAGCAGGAAAUUCGGCCACAAGUAGAGAUUCAGCUUUAUCGGGUGAUGUCUCCGUACAAAUGGCCAUUCCAGUGCCUGUUUUGUAGUGGUAACAUCCUGCAUCCUCCCACCUCAUGCUGUACUUUCUUGCUUAUAUAUGGUUCCCAUUUUUGUUGGAAAUAUGUUAAAACAAUUCUUUCAUUGAAAUAUAAGGUGAUAAAGAAAAAAGAAAGUUAUAGGAAUACCAUAUGGUUCUGUAUUGCUGAUCAAUUAGCUUGAGUUACUGUACUUGUACCACAAGUCCAACCAGCUCAUGAUUUGGAAAACACAUAAGUACACGUCAAGAGACCGUGACAAACGCAUGAGAGAAAGUAUUGUGUACGCACAUAUAUACAUAUAUAGUUUAAACGAACAAUAAGUAUUGAUUCUUGA